CACCCAGGCCCGCCAGCCGGCACAGGACACAGGGCCCGUAGGAGACAGCUAAGCACACCCAGUACUGCGGCUUCCCUGUGCAGCAGAGCGUCAUCGCACACGCACACAAAGCAGCAAGCAGAACUAUGCACCAGAACCAAGCCAGCCCGAAACAAGCAGCAGACUUCAGAGGCGGGCUGGAGACGUGUGGCACACGUGUUGAUGCCCAGAGGUUUUCAGAGUCACGCGUCCCACACUCUGACUUACCAGACCUGGGGGGAUGCCAGGUGUGAAGAUGGCGGAAGAUGGCAGCGAAGAGAUCAUGUUCAUCUGGUGUGAAGACUGUAGCCAGUACCAUGACUCCGAGUGUCCUGAGCUGGGCCCAGUGGUCAUGGUCAAGGACUCCUUCGUGCUGAGCAGGGCAAGGUCUUCCCUGCCUUCCAACCUGGAGAUCCGACGUCUGGAAGAUGGGGCGGAAGGCGUGUUCGCCGUCACGCAGCUGGUCAAGCGGACACAGUUUGGCCCCUUCGAGUCCAGGAGGGUGGCCAAGUGGGAGAAGGAAUCCGCAUUUCCCCUGAAGGUGUUCCAGCAGGACGGCCACCCUGUGUGCUUCGACACCUCCAACGAGGAUGACUGCAACUGGAUGAUGCUGGUGCGGCCGGCAGUGGAGCCCGGGCACCAGAACCUGACGGCCUUCCAGCACGGCAGUGACGUGUACUUCACCACCUCGCGGGACAUCCCUGCUGGCGCUGAGUUGCGCGUGUGGUAUGCGGCCUUCUACGCCAAGAAGAUGGACAAGCCCAUGCUGAAGCAGGCCUGCUCCAGCGUCCACGCUGCAGGCACCCCCGAGCACAGCGGCCCCGUGGAGUCGGAGCGCAGCCCGUGGGCUUGCAAGGUGUGCUCCAGCGCCUUCCUCGAGCUGCAGCUCCUCAACGAGCAUCUCCUGGGCCACCUGGAGCAAGCGAAAGGCCUUCCUGCCGGCAGCCAGCAUGAGGCAGCCCCAGAGAAGGAGCCUCAGCCGCCCCGGGUGCAGCCCCCUGCAGUGCCGGAGAGUGCCAGCGUCCAGAGCAGGGCCACCAAAGAGCAGAAGAAAAAGCCUCGAAGGGGGAGAAAACCCAAAGCAUCAAAGCCGGAGCAGCCUCUGGUCAUCGUGGAGGACAAAGAGCCAGCAGAGCAAGUGGCCGAGAUCAUCACCGAGGUCCCGCCAGACGAGCCUGUGAGCGCAACUCCCGAUGAGCGGAUGGUGGAGCUGGUUUUGGGAAAGCUGGCUCCUCACACACACGACGGCGGCACGGUGCCAAAGUUCACGCACCAUCAGAGCAGCACCAUCGCCCUCAAGAGGAGCCUGGUUCUGUCCAGCAGACACGGCAUCCGGCGGAAGCUGGCGAGGCAGCUGGGGGAGCACAAGCGGGUGCACCAGUGUGGCAUCUGCAGCAAGGUCUUCCAGAACAGCAGCAACCUGAGCAGGCACGUGCGCUCCCACGGUGACAAGCUGUUUAAGUGUGAAGAAUGUGCAAAGCUGUUCAGCCGCAAGGAGAGCCUGAAGCAGCACGUCUCCUACAAGCACAGCAGGAACGAGGUGGACGGCGAGUACCGGUACCGCUGUGGCACCUGUGGGAAGACCUUCCGCAUGGAGAGCGCGCUGGAGUUUCACAACUGCCGGACAGGACUCAUAGCAAACCCGGGAGAGGGGGGGACCAGUGGCAAUCGGCUUAGAGACCUACCAGAUGACAAGACGUUCCAAUGUGAGAUGUGUUUCAGAUUCUUCUCCACCAACAGCAACCUCUCCAAGCACAAGAAGAAGCACGGGGACAAGAAGUUCGCCUGCGAGGUCUGCAGCAAGAUGUUCUACCGCAAGGACGUCAUGCUGGACCACCAGAGGCGGCACCUGGAAGGAGUGCGGCGGGUGAAGAGAGAGGACUUGGAGGCUGGCGGGGAAAGCCUGGUGCGCUACAAGAAGGAGCCCUCCGGAUGCCCGGUGUGUGGCAAGGUAUUCUCCUGCCGCAGCAACAUGAACAAGCACCUGCUGACCCACGGCGACAAGAAGUACACCUGUGAGAUCUGCGGGCGCAAGUUCUUCCGCGUGGACGUGCUCAGGGACCACAUCCACGUCCACUUCAAGGACAUUGCGCUCAUGGACGACCACCAGCGGGAGGAGUUCAUCGGCAAGAUCGGGAUCUCCUCAGAGGAGAACGAUGACAACUCCGACGAGAGCGCGGACUCGGAGCCCCACAAGUACAGCUGCAAGAGGUGUCAGCUCACCUUCGGCCGCGGGAAGGAGUACCUGAAGCACAUCAUGGAGGUGCACAAGGAGAAGGGCUACGGCUGCAGCACCUGCCACCGGCGCUUCGCCCUCAAGGCCACCUACCACGCCCACAUGGUCAUCCACCGCGAGAACCUGCCCGACCCCAACGUGCAGAAAUACAUUCACCCCUGCGAGAUCUGUGGGCGGAUCUUCAACAGCAUUGGGAACUUGGAGCGUCACAAGCUCAUCCACACAGGUGUGAAAAGCCACGCCUGCGAGCAGUGCGGGAAGUCGUUCGCCAGGAAGGACAUGCUUAAGGAGCACAUGCGCGUGCAUGACAACAUCCGCGAGUACCUGUGCGCCGAGUGUGGGAAAGGCAUGAAGACGAAACACGCGCUGCGCCACCACAUGAAGCUGCACAAGGGCAUCAAGGAGUAUGAGUGCAAGGAGUGCCACCGCAAGUUCGCGCAGAAGGUCAACAUGCUGAAGCACUACAAGCGGCACACGGGGAUCAAAGACUUCAUGUGUGAGCUGUGUGGGAAGACCUUCAGCGAGAGGAACACCAUGGAGACCCACAAGCUCAUCCACACAGUGGGCAAGCAGUGGACGUGCUCCGUGUGUGACAAGAAGUACGUCACCGAGUACAUGCUGCAGAAGCACGUGCAGCUCACCCAUGACAAGGUGGAGGCGCAGAGCUGUCAGCUGUGCGGGACCAAGGUGUCCACCCGGGCCUCCAUGAGCAGGCACAUGCGGCGCAAGCACCCCGAGGUCCUUGCAGUGAGGAUCGACGACCUGGACCACCUGCCUGAGACCACCACCAUUGACGCCUCCUCCAUCGGCAUCGUCCAGCCUGAGCUGAACUUGGAGCAGGAAGAGCUGGCUGAGGGGAAGCCUGGGAAGACUGCCAAGCGCAGCCACCGGAGGAAGCAGAAGCCCGAGGAGGGGGCAGGGGCACCGGCACCCGAGGACACCGCCUUCAGCGAGUACUCGGAAAAGGAGGCCGAGUUCACGGGCAGCGUGGGCGACGAGACCAGCUCCGCAGUGCAGAGCAUUCAGCAGGUGGUGGUGACCCUGGGAGACCCCAAUGUGACUGCCCCAUCAAGUUCCGUUGGCCUGACCAAUAUCACCGUGACCCCCAUCACCACUGCAGCUGGGACUCAGUUUACCAAUCUGCAGCCAGUGGCUGUGGGGCACCUCACCACCCCUGAACGCCAGUUGCAGCUGGACAACUCCAUCCUGACCGUGACCUUUGACACCGUCAGUGGCUCCGCCAUGUUGCACAACCGCCAGCACGAUGUCCAGGUCCACCCGCCGCCAGAGGCCUCCAGCCCCCAGUCUGUGGCCCACUUCAUCAAUCUGACCACCCUGGUCAACUCCAUCACACCCCUGGGGAGCCAGCUCAGUGAGCAGCACCCACUCACAUGGCGGGCAGUGCCCCAGACAGACGUGUUGCAGCCGCCGCAGCCGCCGGCACCCCCACAGCAGGCGGCACAGCCCCAGGUCCAGGCAGAGCAGCAGCAGAUGUACAGCUACUGAGCUGCUGCCGCCACCGGACAGAGCCAGGGACUGGGGGUGUCUUGAGGUGUGUGUGCUGGAUACCAAACAGAGCAAAGGUGCAUACGGUGCGUCGUGCCUGAGGUGGACGUAGCUUUGCAGACCGUCUCCAGGUACCCCAGCAGCUGUGGGAGUGUCGGCUUAGCUCCAGAAACGACCCGGCAGGCAGGGUUUGAAACUCGGUCCGUGCCAGAUAUGCCUUACCAAGGUCGUGCAGCCGGCCUCAGAACGCUGAGGGCAGGGCUGGAGAAGGGGCGUAGAGGUAGAAGCAGGUCCCAGGAGCGAUUGUCAUGAGGAGCACAAGCCGUUGGUUUUCUGUUUUCUUUGGAGCUCAUUACUGUACUGAACACACAGUAGUCACGGGGCAGCACACAGCAGAGAACACGGUUUCCCCUCACUCCUGGAUUUUUUUUGGCAAGUAAGCAGAUAGAGGUUGAAGUAACUUCGCUUCAAAAUAUGGCUUGAGUCUAGUUUGCCGCCCGGCUGUGGACUGAGGCCACAUGUGAGAUGUGCCACAGUGGCAUGGGACUCUGCCUUCGAGUUCCUCAUAGGCAAGGGGUCACGUGAGGCCACCCACCCAGGCACAAAAGACAUGUUGGGAAUGUCCAUCAAUCAAUUUUCAUACAGUUUUUCAUUUUCUUUUUUAUUUUAAACGUGUAUUCAAGACCUUGUUGUGGCCAAUAUUGUUUUUCUAACUUUAAAAUGAUGAAGUCGAUUGCACUGUAGGACUGUCCACGUCCGAUUCUGCACUGCUGCCCGUGCAGAGGCGCUCUCUCCCAGUGGGAGAGUUCACUUCCAGAGGCUCCUUUGGAGUCGUCUCAGGAUUCUCUGCCAUCCAAAAGUAUUUAUUGUGGCUGAAUCUCAGUCAGAGCCCUGAACAGAAGGACAGGGAAGAAAUCCAUGUUUUCUUUCUGUGUGAACCUCAAUUCCAAAGGUGGAUGUGUCCGAAGACCCAUUCCCUAUAAAAAAACGUUGAGCGAUCAGGCUCUGGACAGGGAAGCGUGUGUGUUCCAGAAACACCGAGGACUCGGCUGCCCGCAGCUGGGAGUGGAGGCAGGCGAGGUUAGUCUAGCAGCAGAUGCGUGGAAUGCUCUUACAGCCAGCUCUGUAGGACACACGCCACGCCCGUGUGCCACCCGGGGUGAAGGGCCUGGCUGGCUGACCCGCUGUGUGCAGCCAGCAGUGUGGGACAUGCAGGCGUGGGAGAGGAGCUUGGUUUCCUCUCCUGCUGUCUUCAGCACUGCCUGUGAGGGUCAGCUUGCCUCCUGUUACCAGGGAGGCCACCUGAAGGGACCCCAGUAACUGGGCCGUGGCUGAGUGAGGCAGGAGAGCCUGGCUCUGGGGCGCAGGGUAUGUUGGGCAGCAUGGGGCUUUCCUGGGCCUUCAGGUCAUUCCCAGCAGCAAGCUUCUGAGGGUGGCUCUGGAGCUGGUUUUGUGCAAUACGUGCCCUCUGAGCCCGGAGCCGGUGGGCAUGCCCAGCCCUGGCCCCCACCCUGCCGGGCCCACGCGUGCCGUCUCGCCUCAGCAGACUCCACAGUGGGAGAGUGUUUGAAUUCUUAAUUUAUGGUAGUUAUUUUUUGUUAUUUAUAUAUAUAAGGAACUGCUUCACGUGAGGUGGCUUCCCUCUUGGGCAAGGGUGGCUUGUUCUCCAUUCUCCAGCCACAAGUCGUCCAGCCGCCCCUGGACUCGCCGGGAGAGCCAGGGUUCCUGAGCUUUCUCUCUAAACGUUAGUGCCAGUCUCUGCGCUUGCAGAGUCUCCAGGGCAGAACAGCCUGGCGAAAAGCCUGUGCAGGCAAGGCUGGUGACUGACCUGCACGGGCACCUGUCCCUCAUCCUGCUUCCUGGGAAAGAAAGGCCUUCUCAAUUGUUCUGAUUAUUAUUAUUUUUUUUUAAAGGAGUUGUGUCAGAUGUUUCUGAAGAACCUGAUUCAGGUCAUGUGGCGCAGGCGUUGCCACUGUUGCUGAAACACAGAGGCAGCUUCUCCCCGAGUGGCGGGUGGGCACUCACACAGCCGGACUGUCUCCCGGGCUUCUGUGGACACAUGAUCUUGAUAGGGUCACGUCUGAGCAAGCGUGUUGUCCUAAAGCAAUUGCUGUGAAUCUCACAAGAAACUGGAUAGCGAACAAAAGGUCCUUCUCAGCCCAAAGAGUCCUCAAGGGCCGCUGCUCUGCCCCUACACCCUUGUUAUCCAGAGUGCUUGACUCUUUACGAGACCCAGGGUGCACAGGGGUGUCUCCACAGGAAGAGGCCAUGUGGCCAGCGAGCUCUGCUGCCCAUCUCAGUGGUGACAACUUAAAUCAUGAGGAUGUGUUUGACCGGUGACCUGGUGGAGCUGGCCUGCCUCUUGGAGGCAGAGCACAGGGUCCGCGGCCUGCCAUGCGUCCUGUGCUCUGCAGGAGGGGCCCGGCCUCUGGCGCAGCUGUAGCGUGUGACGUGUUCUCUCAGGAAAGUGCUGUGCGCGUGCCCCACCCUGUGUCCAGCUCAGAACCGCUGGGCGGGUUGGCGGAGGGCAGAUUCCAGUGCCUUGCCUGGUUCCACUGUCAGGGUCCACAGGCGGAGGCUCGUGGCUCCCGGCUGAAGGCAGCAUGCUUGACCUUCUCGUUGGGUUUCAAAAGGCAUUGACUGUCCUGAGAUGCUGAGUAUCUUUCAUGUCACAUCAUUUGUAUAAUGAUAAAUAAAGGUGCUGUGACCUGUGUUCUCCA